UUUUUGCAAUUCAAAUUUGUCUUAUUAUUUGGACUAAUUAAUGAUGAUUUCUCCCAAAAUUUUAAUCCCUAUAUUUUCAUUAUUAUGCAUAGUGUUUGCUAAUAAUGAAAACUUAAGUGAAUAUGAUGGACUAAAAGUGAUUCGUGUCCUGCCAGUGAAUCAUUUUCAAAUGAUUUCAUUGUUGAACAUUGAAGAUGAUAUAGAUUUCUGGCGUCGGCCCGAUCAAAUCAAUCGAUUUGCUGACCUCAUGAUAACACCAAACAAUAGUCAACGUGUGAUGCAAUAUCUUUCAUCACGUAAUAUUGGCUAUGAAAUUCUUAUCGAUAAUGUACGUGCGAUUGUACAAAAUGAACGCAAUCAAAUGGCAAAAAUAAGAAAGCAACUUGAAAUGCUACGUGGUAGUGAUAUAACAGUUGGAUUUUGGCAAAGUUAUCAAAGAUAUGAAGCUAUUGAAAAUCUAAUGAAUGAUUUGCAAGAUAAAUAUCCCAAUUUGGUUCACAAAAUAAAUUUUGGGAAAUCAUUUGAAGGUCGAGAAUUGAAUCUGAUGCGUAUUGGAGCGAAUAGUAAUGAAAAAAAGCCGGUUAUAUUCAUUGAAGGAGGAAUUCAUGCUCGUGAAUGGAUUUCAACUGCUUUUGUUACACAUUUCGCUAAUCGAUUGCUCAUUGGUUAUGAGAAUCACGAAGAAGAUAUAAAAACAUUAAUGGAAACGUUUGAUUUUUACAUUGUACCUUUGCUCAAUCCUGAUGGCUAUGAAUACACUCAUACAAAGUAUCGAUUAUGGCGAAAAACACGCUCCACACAAAAAUCUAGCUCCUGUUUUGGAGUCGAUCCAAAUCGCAAUUUUGGUUAUGAAUGGGGUGGAGAAGGAACAAGUUCAAAUCCAUGCAGUGAAAUCUAUCCGGGUACAAAAGCAUUCUCCGAACCAGAAGUUAAAGCCGAAACCGAUUAUAUAAUGAAUAAUUUGGCUGGUCGAGCAUUGGUGUAUGUUGCUGUUCAUUCAUAUGGACAAUAUCUACUCUAUCCAUGGGGUUGGACUGAUAAGCCUACUCCGGAUAAUGACCGCUUAGAUAGUAUGGCUAAAUUAGCUACCGAAGAAAUGGCUAAACGUUAUAGUUCCAAAUACAUUUAUGGAAUGUCAACAAAAGUUUUAUAUGCUGCUGCUGGUGCUGGGGAUGAUUGGGCAUAUGGUUCAGCAUCGAUACCGUAUUCAUACACACUUGAAUUACGUGACGAAGGUUAUUAUGGAUUUCAAUUACCACCUGAACAAAUUAUUCCAACUAGUGAAGAAGCUGGCGAUGGUUUGAUUGCCAUGCUAUUAGCUAUUCAAAAAAAUGAUUUAUAAUUUAAUAAAAUUACAAAUAUCAAAUCUAGCGACAAUUUUGUAAAGCAAAAAAAUUGAAAAAAAUGUUUGUUU